GCUGAACACAGUGGAAACAAACAGCCUUUCAAUCUGAUAUAGUGCACGACAGACAUGCAUUCACACACGUCAAUGCCACUGAUAUCCUGCAUGGAUUUACUGCUUUUAUUCCUCCUUUCAGCCUCGCAGAUGGGUGAAGGCAGCACAGUGUGCAGACCGGGCUUUUCUGAAGAUAUAUAUACCACCAUAAUGUCUGAAACCGUGUUGCCUGGGCAGCCUGUGUUCAUUGUGAAAUAUGUGCACUGUGGCAGAAUAUCUCAUGUGAGGUUUGAAUGUAGCCAUCCAGAGGACUUCAGGAUAUCAGUGGAUGGGGUUGUGUACGCCCUAAGGCCAUUGGACACAUCUCACUCCUGGAUUACACCUCUGCUCAUUAAAGCUCGGGAUGAUGUGACCGGACAACAGUGGCAGACCCGAGUCUUGUUGUUGUCUUCAGGGGCUCAAAUGUCAGAGAAGCAUGGCGUGCCCAGGACACAUAUACCAGAAAUAGUGAUCCCUUCUCAUCCGAUAGACAGGUCACUCAGACGGAUAAAGAGAGGCUGGGUUAUCCCUCCAAUCAAUGUGGCAGAAAACUCCAAAGGACCUUUCCCAAUGAACCUGGUCAGGAUUCGCUCAGAUAAUGAUGAGAGCGUGAGUUUACGCUACAGUGUGACUGGACCAGGUGCCGACCAGCCACCAACCAGUGUCUUCUCCAUUGACCCCAUUUCAGGACAACUAUCAGUACUGAAGCCUCUGGACCGCGAGCACUUACCUAGCUUCAAUUUAAGGGCCCAUGCUGUGGACCUUAAUGGUAAUCAGGUGGAAAACCCUGUUGACAUCAUGAUCCAUGUAAUCGACAUGAAUGACAAUCGACCAGAGUUCAUCCAACAGAUUUGGAAUGGAAGUGUUCCUGAAGGAUCUAAACCAGGGACAUCAGUUAUGACUGUAACAUCAGUGGACAAAGAUGAUCCCAAAACUGCAAACAGUCAACUCCGCUAUAAGAUUGUGUCCCAGAAUCCUGCCAGCCUGAGCGCCAACAUGUUCACUAUUAACAACAAGACAGGAAGUAUCAUCACUGUUGCAGCUGGGUUAGACCGAGAGAAAGUCCCACAAUACACACUGAUUAUUCAAGCCACAGACAUGGAAGGAAACCCAACAUACGGUCUCUCCAACACAGCCACUGCUGUGAUCACAGUCACGGACGUCAAUGACAAUCCUCCUGAGUUCACUGCUGACACUUUCUUUGGUGAGGUAUCAGAGAAUCAAGUGGAUGUAGUCCUGGUCAACUUGGAAGUCUCGGACAAAGACCAACCAAACACAGCAGCGUGGGACGCUGUGUACAGGAUAACAGCAGGUGACCCCAUGGGUCAUUUCUCUGUGCCCACGGAUUCUGUUUCAAAUAAAGGCCUGGUGACAGUCAUCAAGCCUAUUGACUAUGAGGUGAACAGAGCAUUUGUGCUGACGGUAGUGGCUGUGAAUGAGGUUCCUCUGCAGAGAGGCGUCCAUCUGUCCCGUCAGUCCACGGCCACCGUCUCUGUCAGGGUCAAUGAUGUAAAUGAGAGUCCCUAUUUCGAGCCCAACCCCAAACUACUGAAACUUCAGGAGGGUCCCCAAACAGAGUCUGUAAUAACCACCUUCACUGCUCAGGAUCCAGACCGCUUCAUGCAGCAGAGCCUCAGAUACAGCACACUGUCUGACCCUGGAGACUGGCUAAGAAUUGAUUCCAUAAAUGGGCGUAUCACAACCAUCAGCAUGUUGGACAGAGAAUCUCCCUAUGUUCAAAACAAUAUAUACACUGCUUCAUUCUUGGCCACUGACACAGGGUUUCCUCCAGCCAGCGGUACUGGAACUCUGCAGAUCCAUCUGCUAGAUGUGAAUGAUAAUGCUCCUCAGUUUUUCCCUUCAGAAGCGAAGAUAUGUGAUAAACCUGAAAACAGUGGCAUCAAUAUCACAGCGCUGGACGCAGACAUACCCCCAAACACUGGACCCUUCAUAUUUGAACUGCCUUCUCAACCUGCUGAAGUGAGAGAAAACUGGACCAUUACACAACUUAGUGGUGAAAAUGCACAGCUUGGUAUUAAAGUUGACUUCAUGGAGACUGGAAUCUAUGAUAUUCCCAUUACAAUCACAGACUCGGGUGACAUGGCGCUGUCCAACACCUCAUACCUGCGAGUGAAGGUUUGUCAGUGUGAUCAUAACGGAGACUGCACAGCUCAGGAUCCUAUCAUAGGCACUGGACUGAGCACAGGAGCUACCCUGACCCUUCUGCUCUGCAUCAUCAGCCUCCUCAUCCUCAUGCUGUUGUUGGUCAUGUGGAUAAAGAGACAAGAUAAGGAACGAAUUGCCAAGCAACUGCUGAUCGAUCCAGAUAAUGAUUUGAGAGACAACAUCUUCAAAUAUGAUGAAGAAGGAGGAGGCGAGGAAGACCAAGAUUAUGACCUGAGUCAGCUGCAGCAGGCAGAACUAGAGAACCAUGGCAUCGGGUCCACUGGUGUACGCAGACUGGACGAGAGACCGCUGCACCCUCAGCCCCAGUAUCCUGUCAGAUCCACCGCCCCCCAUCUUGGAGAUAUUGAAGACUUCAUCAGUGAGGGUCUGAGAGCAGCUGACCAGGAUCCUACCGCUCCUCCAUACGACUCACUCUUAGUGUUUGACUACCAGGGCAACGGCUCUACGGCGGGAUCGCUCAGCUCAAUCACUUCCUCCUCCAGCGGUGAUGGUGACCAGGAUUAUGAUCAUCUCAAUGACUGGGGUCCACGCUUCAGAAAACUUGCUGACAUGUACAACGGUGGUACAGAUGAAUGAAAACAAGGAACAUCCAGAAUGGUGGUGCCCAAACUCAGGGCUGGAGGACCAGUGCACCGUUCUCCUAAACUCUGCAGGACACAUUGGCCCUCAGGACCGAGUUUGGGCACCCCUAGACGAGAACAACAUAGCUUUCCUCUAUUCAACUAAUGGACGACAGCUUCUUGGGUUUAUAUAUAUAUAUCUAUUCAGGCAAACGCGACAACCCAAGACUUAAAGUAUCGCUAAAUUCCUAUUUAAUGCAAACAUGAUUGAGCCUUGCUCUUAGAGGAUGCUUUAGAGAACUGUCAACGGUCACCACAUGCUCAGCUACUCUUGACUUUUACAGGACAGAAAAUGUCAGGGGAGUGUUCACCUAAUAAUAAUAAGAAUGAAAAUCUGUUAAAAACUUUAAAAUAUGGACACCAGCACACAAUCCAUUAUACAAAAAUACCCAAAUAUGUAAAGAACAUGUAAACAGGUUUGCAAUUUGAAACUUCAUGGUAAAAUGGUUGUUUUUUCUACAACAUUGAAAUGAUUUUAUUCCACUAAAUUUCAAACGCACUUCAUGUGUAAAAAAGCUAUCAUUACAUUCACUAAGGGGCGGGCUGUUACAGGUGUGGUGAACUUCUUCUAUCUUGAAAUAUAUCAGUGCGAUUGUUUUGUCUCGAGAUGCACACCAUUACAUAACAUUACAUCGUGAUGCUUGCUCAUAAAAGUAUGCUUUUUAAAAAACAACUUGAAUAUGUAAGAGAUUAUCCACAGCUAGCUGUGCAGUAAAGGAUUGUAUAUGGAAUCUAGAAAAGUUUUCUGGAAGAUUGUCAAAUCUCACCCUGUUGACUCACAUCAGAUAGUAUUUAUUUUCCCUACUAUGGCAGUAAAUGGUGGGUGAGAUCUGACAUUCUUCUAAAUAUCUUCCUGUGUGUUCAGCAAAACAAGGACAUUUAUACAGGUUUGGAACAAUCUGAGGGUGAGUAAAUGAAGACAGAAUUGUAAUAUCUGGGUGUGUUGGGUAAACUUCUCUGAGAGAUGAGACCAAAGAACAGAGAGUGGAACAAUAAUCUCUCAUUUAAGUCACCUGCUGACUCAUGUUACAAUGUUAUCCACAGCUCCACGGCCAUGCACAUCUUCAAUUCUUAAUAACACAAGACAUUAUUCGUUCUACAGAACUGAUUGUUCUCUGACCUCUAUCCAGGCCUCUGCUUUGGCACAUGAAAGAGAGAAAUCACUUACAAUCUCACACUUGUGUUAGUCAAAGUAAAUGCAUAUUCUUACAUUAGUUUGCAUAAGCAUAAAAAAAAAUCUACAUUUCCUCUACAGUUGAAGUAUCCCUUCAAUGAUCGAAAAAUAUUGAAAGAUGUACUAUAAACAUUUUACAUGUUCUUUCUGUAUUUUGAAAAAUUAUUUCAGAUAAGCACAGAUGCCAGUUUUCACCAGUUCAGCCCCAUUUCAGUAAUUAUACCCUAGUUUUAUAGAUGAAGACAAAAAAUACAGCUUACUAACACAAUGAAACAUAAUAGGAACAUGAUGACAUUAUGAGAAACAAAUCUACAGUAUAUACAGUUUCAAAAGGAUGGCUUGAUGUAGUGGUUUUGGGAUGGAAAUGCAAAUGCAGCAUUUGGGAUUGGAAAGAUUUGACAGGCUUUGUAGAAGAGCAUAUGUAAUGUAAUGUAAACUGCAUAAGGAUUAACAUUAUUAUCAGGCAAUAAAAUCUCAAAUGUCAAUUUAUAAUAAAUAAUGAGCGUGUACUGUUCGUAUCUUUGUAAACAAUGUUUUCCACUGUUGAUCUGGGGGCUCAUAAAAUGCAAAAAUCCACGUCAACGUUCACAUUUACAAAACCGCUCUUUGAGGUGGAAAAGUGUUUAGCGCCACGUCAGGGUCUGAACAGACGGCAUCUCAGAGUGCUGCAGGUUUUUGGAAAUAUAAGCCAUUCCAGCCUCCCUCUGCCGUUGAAGAAAUUUAUGACGGUCUCUACACAACAUAAACAACAUUUAUAAAUGAGGCCCCUGGACUGGGAUGAAAGUGCCUGGAGAAAUUCUUUUUGAGAUGGAUGCAGUUAUGUCAUUGCCAUUAAAAAUGAGUAUUUCUCUUUGUCUCUGCUAACUAUGCUAUGAUGUAUUUUCAAAGCUGUUUGGCAAUAGUGCAAAAUUGUGAAAAUUGAGAAUGAAAUAAAUUUUCAUUUUCACUUGUUUUA